AUGCUUUAUAUUCGAUUGACUAGUGUCUGGCCAGAACAAACAACUCCCACAGAUAUUUUGAGAGAACUGAAUGGAAAGCUGUAGUGGGAUAGCUUUGGGCAAGGCAGUAGAAUCAUUAUGACCAGUAGAGAUAGACAAGUGCUUAAGAAUGCUGGAGCUGAUGAUAUCUACGAACUUAAAGAGUUGAAUUUUCAUGAUUCUUUAAAACUUUUUAACUUACAUGCUUUUAAACAAAAUUCUUCGAAAGAAAUUACUUACAUGGACUUGUCAGUAAAGGUGUUGAGAUAUGCAAAAGGGGUUCCGUUAGUUCUCCAAAUUUUGGGUUCAUUGUUAUAUGGCAGACAAAGAGAAGCAUGGGAAAGUCAGUUGCAAAACUUGGAGAAGUGCCAAGAUCAUGAUAUUUUCAAUGUAUUAAAAUUAAGUUAUGAUGGGCUCUGAGAGGAGGAGAAGAAUAUAUUUCUUGACAUUGCUUGCUUUUACAGAGGACACGAGGAGAUUGUAGUAGCAGAAACACUAGACGAUUGUGAUUUCUCUUCUAAGAUUGGAAUGGAUGUUCUCAAAGAUAAAUGUCUCAUAUCUAUCUUGGAUGGUAGAAUUGUGAUGCACGAUCUAAUACAAGAAAUGGGUCAAGAAAUUGUUCGUAAAGAGUGUCCUCAACAUCCUGGAAAACGCAGCCGAUUGUUCAAGGCUGACGAAAUUCAUGAGAUUUUAAGAAAUAACAAGGUAUGUUUUAUUGUUAUUCAAUUGAAAGAGUCACAUGGAUUUAUAUUUCUCAGCAAGCUCAGUUGUUUAUUGUUAGAUGGUUGUUAUGGUCUGAAGAGUGUAACAAUUCCCAGCAAUAUUCUAACCAGAUCACCUGGAUUGAUUCUACUUUCCCAUUGUCACGGGCUUGAAAUGUUUCAAACCUGUGAAACUCAAUCAUGGCCUUUUCCAUUAUUAUCAUCAAUCUGGGAAGGACCCCGCCGUAAAGGGAGUAAUUAUGGUGGAUCUUUCACAAGACUCGAUCCCAGUGAAAUCUUCUCAAUUACCUUUGAUAGAUACGAGGAGGAAGAAAAAGAAGUGACUAAUAAUGAUAUAUUCUUACAAUGUGAUGAAGUACUGACGAAACUAAGAGAAGGUGUACCCUUAAACUUUCAAAGUCUGAAGAAAUUCUGUUUCUUAGAUGUGUCUCACUGUUCUUCCCUUACAACCUUUCCAUGUGACCUUUCUGAGACGAAAUUCCUGAAGCAACUUUGUCUCCGUGAUUGCUCAAAAUUGGAAAAUUUCCCCGAAAUUGAGGACACGGUGGAAGGUCUAGCGGUUCUCAUCUUAGACGGCACAGCCAUACAGGCACUACCUUCAUCCUUGUGGCGUUUGGUAGGGCUUCAACAACUGAGUUUGCGAGGUUGCAAGAAACUUGAGAUUAUUCCAUCUUCCAUUGGAAGCCUCAUCAGACUAUGCAAGUUAGACAUUACCUACUGUGAAUCACUUCAAACUUUUCCAAGCACCAUUUUCAAAUUGAAGUUGAGGAUACUUGAUUUGUGUGGAUGUUUAAGGUUGAGGACCUUCCCAGAGAUCACGGAGCAGGCACAAACUUUUUCUCACAUUAACUUAAAAGAAACGGCUAUCAAAGAACUGCCUUCCUCAUUUGGCAAUUUGGUUAAUCUUCGAUCCCUGCAGCUCAACAAAUGCACUGAUCUCGAAUCACUCCCAAACUCCAUUGUUAAUCUAAAGCGUCUCUGUAAACUUGAUUGUUCGGGUUGUGCCAAAUUAACAGAAAUCCCAACACACAUUGGUAGCCUGUCGUCAUUAAUGGAACUGUCACUGAGUGAGAGCGGAAUCGUGAACCUUCCUGAAAGCAUUGCUCAUCUUUCAAGCUUGAAAUCACUUGAUUUAAGUGACUGCAAAAAUCUUGAAUGCAUCCCACAGAUUCCACCGUUUCUAAAACAACUGGUGGCAUUGGAUUGCCCAUCCAUUAGACAAGUGAUGUCAAAUCGAAACCUCUCAGAUUCAAAGGAGGGUGUCUUCAAAUUUCAUUUCACCAAUGCCCAACAACUGGAUUCAGGUGCUCGUGCUAACAUUGAGGAGGAUGCAAGGCUCAGGAUGACCCAUGAUGCAUAUAGGUAUGUGUCCUUCUGUUUUCCAGGGACUGCAGUUCCUCAUUGGUUCCCUUUUCGCAGCGAAGGAAGCUCAGUAACUAUAAAUGAAGAUUUAAGUUUCUGCAGCGAUGACAGGCUCAUUGGUUUCGCUUUGUGUGUGGUUUUUGGAUUGUUAGAUACCAAUGAUAUUAAUGGUGGACGUUGUUCUUUUAGUUACUGCCUAAAAUUUGAAUCUGAUGACUAUGGCACACAGAUUAUUAAACAUAAUGAUCUGUUACAGAACUAUUUCCAAUGGAAUGGCAAAUAUAGAGUUGUAAAUCAAUAUCACACAUUCAUGUGGAAAUUUAACUUUAAGUACCUAAGGACUAUCGGGAUGAGCCUUAGGCUCCGUGAUGCUCGCAGCUUCACUUUUGAGAUUAGUCCAUUGGAUUAUCGCAGCUACGAUUUUGGGAAUUCUCCAUUUGAUUUCAUAUCAAUGGUGACAGAGUUAAAAUCAGUUGUGACAAUGAAAGAAUGCGGCCUAUGCCCUCUUUAUAGAAGCGGAAGCAAAGUUGGAGAGUCUUCAAGGGAAAGAAACAAAGGAAGAUAA